UGCGUGUUUCCCGCCGGCGGCCGUUCGGAGCGGUUUCCGGGCGGCGCUGGGAGGCGAGGGGCGGAGGUGGAGACGCUGCAGGCGCACGUGGGCCGGGGUCCCGGCGCUGCAGCGCGAGCGGGCAAAAUGGUUGUUGCUUUCGAAGUGUGAUUGAUUUCUGAUGACAGAAUGGCUAAAAUAAAGACCAGAGAGUCAAAAGCUUCAACAAGCAUCCCCACCGCUAAACCUGAGAAUCUAAAAAAACAGCACAGGAACAACAAGAAAAAAGUAUUGUGGAAAAACAAAGUCAAGCAGAUCGGAAAGAAAAAACAAAAGGACACCAAAGUUGUGGGAGUGCUGCCCCCAAAAGCUCCUCAGGAGUUCUCCUCUAACUGGAAGACCCUGCAAGAGCUGCUGAAACAAAAGGCCACCAGCUUGGAUAAGUCCCUUCCUGUAUCCCAAACAUAUUCCAAGAAGCACACAAUCAAAAAGGGAAACGUCAAAGGAAUUCCAGCUAUAAAUGGAGGUGGGAAUAUGGGAAAAUUCAAAUCUGUAAACAGGAUGGACAGUGAUCCUGCCAAAGUUUGCGUUCCUUUGGCUAUCCCGAAAUCAGAGAGAACUGCAUCUGACAAGAAUUCGAGUGAUGGCAAGGGAAAUAGAAAGGAGCACAAGAAAAGAAAAAAUGGCAAUGUUGAGAAGGAACAAGGUGACAUAAAACAUAAGAGGAGGAAAGCUGAAGAGCACACGGAGCAGCCGCUAGCAGAGGCCGACAUCUGGUUUGAUGGUGUAGAUCCAGAGGAUAUUGAAGCAGCAAUCGGACCUGAAGCAGCAAAAGUUGCUAGAAGAAAUAUGGGAAUUGAAGAAGGCAAAUCACCGCUAUCUAUGGAACAGGUGCUGGUUAAAGAAAAGGCUUUUGCAGGGCUGACAAAAGCUGUAGCCAUGGACUGUGAGAUGGUGGGAGUAGGGCCCCAGGGUGAAGACAGCAUCCUGGCUCGUGUAUCCAUGGUGAACCAAUUUGGAAAGUGUAUUUAUGACAAAUAUGUCAAGCCUACAGAAAAAGUGACCGAUUACAGGACAGCUGUUAGCGGCAUACGGCCCAAGGACAUAAAGAAAGGAGCGGAGUUUAAAAGUGUUCAGAAGGAGGUGGCUGACAUCUUGAGAGGAAGGAUUUUAGUUGGGCAUGCUGUCCACAAUGACUUAAAGAUCCUGUUUCUUGAUCAUCCUAAAAAGAAAAUUCGGGACACACAAAGAUACAAACCUUUCAGAAAGGAAGUCAAAAGUGGACGUCCAUCUCUAAAACUGCUUUGUGAGAAACUGCUGAAUGUGAAAGUGCAGACAUCAGAGCACUGUUCAAUUCAGGAUGCGCAGGCAGCUAUGAGACUAUACACGCUAGUGAAAAAGCAGUGGGAAGCAGCUAUCAAAGCCAAAGCUAAACUGUAGAAAAAUAAAUUCUAAAACGUCAACUAUUCUAUCCUGUCAUUUUCUGCUGUGCAGCAUUUACUAGAUUCAAAUGGCGUUGUAUGAUGGCUUUUUUCUCUUGCCAGUGGUAUUAUCCUUGAAUCAGUCAUGCAUAAUAAACUAAUAGCUGUGAACAGUCCAUUACAAGGAAUCUGUUCACGAACUGCUGAGUAGAGCUAAUCCUGAAAAGAAACUGUUAUGCUCCAAAUAAAUAAUCCAUGGACUAAAAGCUCAAUAAAUACAUAAAGCUCACUUAACUCCAAGCCUGUAGACCUUAGUGUGAUUUUUAUUAAUCUUUUAGGAAAGUAUAGUAUACAUUAAAUGUAGUUCAAAAAUCCACAAAGUAAGACAGGUUCCGAAAAUAACACUGCUGUCAGACUCUCAAUAUUGUCAGUAGUCAAAGUGGUUCUUUGUAAAGAAUACAAUGGAAUAUGUUCAAGCAGAUGAUGUCUAUAUAAUACAGGUAGUAUCUCCUUCUGGGGAGAAAAAUCUUUUUAAAAUACUUCUGAAGGAAUCAAUCAUGUCUACCUGAAUCAGAAGACUUCAAGCCUUGUAUGUAGAGAACAGCUUUUACCUUACUUCUGCAGUUUCAAAAGUGCUGAAUCCACAAGGGUAAUUAUCUCCUGGGGAGAAAUGUGAAAACUGUUAAAUACAAGUUUAUCCUGGUUUUUACUUUACAGUGUAAAGAGACAAUUAAUAACUAUGGUACAAAAAUCUAUUCUGUAUUUAAUAUAUGUCCUUUUAUAGGAGUUCAGACAGUAUAUCUCAUUUGCAUUUUGGGGUCUCAAUAACUUAUUUCAAUAUUUUUAGCAAACGUGUGGCCUAAUUCGGACACUUUACUCUCACCCGUAAUUCCUUUGUACUACAGGAUUGGCUUCUAAGACUAUAAAAUUUAUAUAAUCUGUCUAAAAAUAAUUUAAAAAAAUGCUAAAAGGUCAUCAGGAAUCUGCUCUAAAUAUUUAGCAAUAGUUGUCAUGGUACAUAAGUACACUAAGCAAUAUCUAGCUUGUAAAAAGUCUUGAUUAGAGGAAGAGAAAAAUGGGAGAGGGAAGGACCUCUCUUAGGUUUUGUAAUAAAAGAAUUGUUAUUUUUUCAGUGGUAUUUCACAUGUGUAAUGUGUUGUUGUUUUUAAUGGGAAUGGGAAUGAUAGCUAGAAAAACAUUGUGGAAAGUAGUGACUUUGUACUAUGAGGCAAACAUUCUGGAGGAAGAGAACUAUGAGCAAAUUAAAUUUAAGGGUGGAGGCUCUGACUAUCGGUUUUGUUUGUUUGUUUUUUUUAAAUAACUGCUACAUGCUUGAUGGCAAACUACUCUAUGUUAAUAACUUGGUGGUUUAAGAGUGUAGGUCGCUCUAGUGUUGGAAAAACAAAGGUGGGAAUUAUUUUGCUGUUUAAUUAAUUAAACGUAAAGUAAUUCCCCAGGACAGUAAGCCCACGCAAUUAAGUGGCUUGGGCUUUUUAGGGUUAUUUAAUAGAUCAAUAAAUCCCUCUCUGCUUUGAAA